GCACCGACCCACUUUCUUUUGUCUGGUGCUUUUCAGACCUGGCGUGCCAGUUGCUUUUGUUGCAGACCUGAGUCGGGACCUUGCAGACUUUGUGCCAGGCUGAGGUGAUGAGCCAGAUCUAAAGUGCAUCUGGACCCUGGGGAGCCCAGGGUCUUGGGGGGUGGGGAGGGGUAGUUAUUAUGAGCAUGGUAAUUAGCAGUAACAUGUGGCUUUUCCAGAUAACCCUCGAUAUUUUUGUAGCAUCUAAUAGUUUUAAGUACACCCAUAAGAGCGUUUAUUAGGUAACUUCAAAGGAGCGUGGUGUGUGGAGGUUACUUAUUAUCCCGUUUUAUAGACCAGACACCUGGGGCACCCACCAAGGAAAGUGAUUCUAUCAAAACGAAGCUGGUAUUAGAACUUGCCAGACACAUCUUUGCCUUGCAUGACCCAGUUGCUCUCCGGGCCACAAGCAAAAUUUAGUGCUUGAAAAACUGCCAGUGGGGUUCUGUGCUGGCUAGUUUUGUGUCAGUUUACACAAGCUACAAUCGCUUGGAAAGAGGGAACCUCAGUGGAGAAAAUGCCACAACAAGUUUAACGAGAGGUGCAUUUUCUCCAUUGAUUAUUGAUGUGUGAGGGCCCAGCCCACUGGGGAUGGUGCCAGGCCCUGGGUUGGUUGGUCUUCGUGCUGUAAGAAAGCAAACUGAGCAAGCCAAGUGGAGAAAGGCAGUGAGCAGCGCUCCGUGGUGGCCUGGACUUCAGCUCUUGCCUCCAGGUUCCAGCCUUGAGUUCCUGCCAUGAUCUCCCUGGAUGACGAACUACAAAUUAUGAAAAGAAGUGAAGAGUCGGCAACUAAACAACCCAGUGAAGAACAAAUAAGUUCCCUUCACUGUUGGAAAUGUAGAAAAUGUAUUGCAAGUUCUGGUUGCCUCAUGAAUUAUCUUGAGAACCAAGUGGUUGAGGACAGACAUGAAUCAGUCGAUGCUCAAAACACUUGUCAUCUGUGGCACAUGAACAUAGAAGCCCUUCCAGACUGGAUAAACUGCCUAGUACAAAAAGCCCAGUGGACAGUUGGGAAACUGAAUUGUCCGUUCUGUGGGGCCCGAUUAGGGGGCUUUAAUUUUGUCAGCACUCCAAAAUGUUCCUGUGGCCAGCUUGCAGCUGUACAUCUCUGCAAGAGCCGGACUGAUCAUCACGUGGCACAGGCAGGCCGACUAAUGAGACCCGCGCUGAAACCCUUGUCACAUCCCGGAGUUCCGUCAGGUUGUGAGAAGGAGACCUUGCUGACAGGUGGCGGCUCCAGAACCAGAAACCACAGGCUUUUAGGCAUGGCCCGAAAUAAUAACGGCCUUGGAAGGCUGACAGAAGCACUCUGCCUGGAGGUGCGAGCGCCGUCAUCUUUUGAGAUGAAGAAUGAAAAACCGCUCUUCAAAGCGUCAGACCCCAAACACCAGCCGUUCGUUCCUCAGCUCGCCACCGGCGGCAGGUGCACUUCAAGAGCUUCUCAUAGAAAGUCGCACAGUUUGGACCUGAACCUCAGCGAGAAGCUGAUUUUAUUGCCCACUUUAUAUGAAAUCCAUAGUAAGACUACUGCCUGUCCCAGGCUAGAUGAAACAGGGCCCAUUGACCUUGCAGGCUUGGCUUUGCCAUGCAGUAAAAGUAGCUGCUCCUUUCAAAACCCACCCAGUUUUGAUCCUAAUCUGCUGCUGCACAGACUUGCUGUGGCUCCCCAUGAGACCCAGGCACAAAGAGGAAGAGAAUUUCAGUGUGGCCUAGAAGCUACUUCAGUUUACUCAGAUCAUGCUAAUGCUAGCAGCCUGACAUUCCUGGUGGAUCUGCCCUCAGCAGGGAGGAGCGUGCUGGAGGCCUCAGACCAAGAAGAACACCUCUCCCCUCUGGACUUUCUGCACUCUGCCAAUUUCCCCCUGGGCACCAUUAACCACAGGCUGAAUAACAGAGAGAGGGGCAAGUUGAGGACUCUAAGAAGGCAGCGGAGGAGGCAUGAGAGAUGGCUGCAGAAGCAGGGUAAAUACUCAGGAGUGGGACUGCUGGAUCAUAUGACUCUGAGUAAUGAGAUGAGUACAGAUGAUGAGAAUGAAUAUGCAGAGGAAAAGGACAGCUACAUCUGUGCAGUGUGCCUGGAUGUGUACUUCAACCCCUACAUGUGCCACCCUUGCCACCACAUCUUCUGCGAGCCCUGCCUACGGACUCUGGCCAAAGACAACCCUGCAAGCACUCCCUGCCCGCUGUGCCGGACAAUUAUUUCUAGAGUCUUUCUCCAGACAGAACUGAACAAUGCCACAAAGACAUUCUUUACUAAAGAAUAUUUGAAAAUAAAACAAAGCUUUCAGAAAUCCAGCUCUGCGAAGUGGCCCUUACCGAGCUGCAGAAAAGGAUUCCAUCUCUUCGGAGGAUUCCACAGGCGUGCAGCCCCGGUGACACGGAGGCAGUUCCCACAUGGUGCACACAGGAUGGACUAUCUGCACUUCGAGGACGACAGCCGUGGAUGGUGGUUUGACAUGGAUAUGGUGAUCAUCUAUAUCUAUUCAGUGAACUGGGUCAUUGGAUUCGUUGUUUUCUGCUUUCUUUGCUACUUUUUCUUUCCGUUUUAGGAAUCAUCCUACUCCACUAUAAUUGAACAAUCAUAAAUGUAAACAACAAUGGCUUAAAUGUUUUGAAAGUGUGCUUUGAAGUUUUUAUAAUGUUGCAUUAUAAAAAUUGUGUCCAUAGAAAGUCUGAGGAUAAUGGAUUUAUUUAUUAAUUUCUUUCAUAUAACAACCUAAACUCUAUUCAAGAGCUGAUUCACCAGCCAUUAGGAACGGUGCACUAUUAAUUCCAUAGAUUUUACUGUAGAAGUUGGGGCUCUUAUUUUACAAUGUCAUUUUUAUACUUACUAUGAUUGUAAAGACAGAUUUUACCUCCAUUUAAAAAUAGUAAAAAUAAGAAAUGAAUAAUCUGGAUAGAUAGCAUCAUUUUUACUAAGAUGUAUUCUUGGGCAAAUGAUAUGCAUUAAAGAUAAACCAUACUCUCUGGGAAGUAAUCAAGCAGGGUAUAUGCAUUUUGAUUUCUGAAUAUCUCUACUUCUGUCUCCUAUUACCAAAAAUCUGACUAUCUUUUUUUGUAAAGACGUCAUAGCUCUGGUGCAACAUUUCUAACUAUUAUAAGAACAAGAUAUUACAUGCAGUCAGAUUAACACCCAAUAGCUAUGUUAGAGCCAUAUUAACACUUUCCAAUUGUAGAAUGAAUCACGCGAGAAAUGACAAAUCUGACUUUUAGUAGCAGAAAUGACCAAUGCAUGUCCAAACUGUAAUUAAUCCAGUGAUUCUUUUAACUAGAAGAUUGUCAAAUAUAUUGUCAAUGUGCAAUAAAGAGUGGCUUUUACAUUUUUUAUUGUUGUUAUUUGACUUAAUGUGUGGAAUAAGGAGUUGCUAAAAUGGGGU